AUGAUACUCCUACCCAUACUCGCCCUCGCUACAGGGACACUAGCCUCAUGCUGGCGGAACUCGUCAUGCACAGGGCCCUCAUCGCCCUCCUUCCCCGGCCCCUGGGACUCAAACAACUACGCCCCAGGCUCACGAUCCAUCCAGCCAAAAUCCAUUCUAUCCCUUCCAAGGGGAGAAUACAUCUCAGACUACCCGAGCGACUCCACACCAUCCCUCACAAGUAGCGACUUAGGGCUCGUCUUCGACUUUGGUCUUGAAGUCGGAGGGAUCCUGACGGUUGAGUAUACGGCGUCGAAGCCGAAUUUAACACUCGGGCUGGCAUUUACCGAGGCAAAGGACUACAUAGGAAGGGAGUCCGAUAAUUCAAAUGGCGGGACUGGUGCUGAUGGCGCUUUAUCUGCUACUCUGUCCGACGGAGAUGGAGAUGGGGUGUAUACUAUGCCCGACGCGAAACUCCGCGGGGGAUUCCGAUACCUGACGCUAUUCUUGGAAGAAGAAGGAGGAGGAGGAGGAGGAACUCUUACAAUCAAGAAUAUAACCCUGGAAAUAUCAUACCAGCCCACCUGGCCCAAUCUGCGCGCAUACCAGGGCUACUUCCACUCCUCUGACAACCUCCUCAAUCGGAUCUGGUAUACCGGCGCGUAUACCCUGCAGACGAACUCUGUUCCGCGAACCACGUGUCGGACGUCGAUUAGUUCAACGACGGGGUGGGCGAAUGAUGCGGUUUGCGGGCCUGGGGAGACGCUGCUGCUUGAUGGGGCGAAGAGGGAUCGGUGGGUGUGGAUUGGUGAUAUGGGGGUUGCGGUGCCGAGUGUGUCGGUUAGUACGGGGGAUUUGGAGAGCACGAAGAAUGCGUUGCUUGCUAUUUGGGAUAAUCAGACGCCGAGUGGGCUGUUGCCGAAGGCUGGACCGCCGUAUUUGAAGGCCGAUAGUGAUACAUAUCAUCUAUGGACCAUCAUUGGGACAUACAACUACUUCCUGUUCACCGAGGAAUACGACUUUCUGUCCGAUAUCUGGCCGCGGUAUGUCAAGGCCCUGGACUACAGCAUCAACAAGAUCACACCGGAAGGCAUCAUGAAUGCCACCGAGACUGCGGACUGGGGCCGCUGGAACUAUGACACCCUCGCCAGUUCCGCAAACAUGCUUCUCUACCGCUCCCUUACAACCGCUGCAUUCCUAUCCCCCUACGCAGACACCAGCCCACAGAACUACACAGCCCUCGCCUCCUCCCUGCGCACCGCCAUAAUAACGCACCUCUACGACCCCUCCAUCGGCGCCCUAAAAGACAGCCCCAACUCAACCCUCCACCCCCAAGACGCAAACAGCAUGGCCCUUGCAUUCUCCCUCUUCCCACCCAACAGCACCGCCCCAUCAAAGAUCUCCUCCUACCUAGUCUCAAACUGGACGCCCCUAGGCCCCUCCAGCCCCGAACUCCCAGGGAACAUCUCCCCCUUCAUCUCAUCCAUAGAACUCGAGGCCCACUUUGCCUCGGGAUACCCGGAGCGCGCUCUCCAGCUCAUCCAUAAUCUAUGGGGGUGGUACAUCUCGCAUCCCAACGGAACCGAAUCGACCGUUCCAGAGGGAUAUCUCGUGAAUGGAACAUGGGGAUACCGCGGCGACAGGGGGUACAGAAAUGAUCCGCGCUAUGUAUCUCAUGCGCACGGAUGGAGCAGUGGGCCCACAUCGACAUUAACUGAAUACGCCGUUGGAUUGCGUGUUACGAAGCCCCGUGGUGUGGAGUGGAGUUUGAAGCCGGCUACUUUUACAUUUGAGGGGUUUGACCAGGCUGAGGCGGGGUUUACGACUGGGCUGGGGAGGUUCAGGGCGGGGUUUGCUGUUGAGGGUGGAGAAGUGACGGUGACUUGGGAUACGCCGAGGGGGACGAGGGGGUGGAUUGAGGUUCCUGGGGAGAACGGGAGGUGGGUUGAUGGGGGGAAAGGGAGUUUGGUGGUGUCUUUACAGUAG